AUGGCAACCACCGAGUACACGACAAUUCCAAGAUCCACCUAUCGAACAGAUUUUGACCACACAUCAGAAGAUCCGAGCAUGACAUCUGUCGAGUACACGACACUUCCAGCUUUCACCUCAUCCAUACUGUCAACCAUGAUGACGACCCUACCGAAGACAUUCACCAGUGCUAUACUGCCAACCAUGACGACGUCACUCCCGGAGUCAUCUACAUUUAAACCGGCAACCACGACGACGAUACUUCCGGAGUCGCCUACACCUGAACCGGCUACCACGACGACGAGACCCCUGAAGCCAUCUAGGUCAACCACGGCGACGACACUUCCGGAGUCAUCUACAUCUAAAUCGUCAACCACGACGACUCAUCUACACCUGCCAACCACGACGACGACAAUUCCGGAGUCAUCUACAUCUAAACCGGCAACCACGACGACGACAAUUCCGGACUCAUCUACAUCUGAACCGUCAACCACGGCAACAACACUCCCGGAGUCAUCUACAUCUAAACUGUUAACAACGACAACGACACUGCCACUUUCCACGUCAGCUACGCCGUCAACUACCUCAACCACUGCAGGAAACACUUCGACGGUCAAUGGGUCAACAACAACAGGAUCUCGACCUCAAACUUCCGCUCCCACACUUUUCCCGGAACCUUUUGCUCCGACGACAACCGUAGAUAGUAUGUCGCCUGGACCAAAACAACCUAGACUACCGAUAGCAGACAUUAUGGACAGUGGAUGCAAAUGCGUUUUGAAGACUGUUUGGUUGGACGCAUUCCUCCUCAUGGAAGCUGGUGUGGCAAUGACUGAAAACGGGAUUACCUCGUUGUUGUUUCUGGAGCAGCUUCUUGGAGGUGUAUCAACUGAUGACUACGGAUGA